AGGGAAGGAUGAUUCCUGCGAGGACCAAUCAGAAAUGAGAACGUAUUAACCCUUUCCGUACGUCACUGAAGGGACUCCCUCACAAUCCUAAUGUCAACAUAAAUUGCAUGUCCCUAAAAUCCCGUGGGAAUUAAAAGAUUGCCUAUUUCAUAGGGAAAUAUAAAAUCAAAUUUGAAAGAAUAGUGCAACAAAUAUUGUGUCAAGUGCCGUAAUCUUACGAGAAUAAUCUCAUGUGUUUUGUUUUUUUGUUUUCAAAAGAAUUUACUAUGGCGAUUAAGUCAAAAUGUUGUUUAAGUGGGUUUUACUUGUUAUUCAAAACAACCCUUUGCCUGACCACAAAAUGUGGCAGGCCGGAUCUCCCACGAAUUAUGGUAAAAAAAAAAAGCUCAACUUUGUUUACAUCUAAACAUUACAUUUACCGAUAUGCAUUUGAGAGAUCUCAAGUUCGCCUUUGCAAAAUGUAGCUGUCUUUCAAAGUCUGCUUUAUAGUCAAUUUCUUCACAUGUCAAGACACACAAAGUUUUAUCUUUAUCUCUAGUUUUAAUUUUAUAUUUUUCCGCUGAGCGUUAUAGCUCACAGAAAUUGGAAACGUUUUAAAAUGAUCUAUAUAUGUGUCGUUUUCAAUGUCACAAAACAUGACAUUUGAAGAAGGGUGUGUCUUGUUUAUUUCUUUGCAUUAGGCAACGGGACCGCGCAAAUGUUAGGAAUUUACUGGACUUGUUUUAUUAAUCGGUUAGUGGCUACUACUGGACGGUAAUUCAAGCGAGAGAAAGGAGGUAGAAAAAGGAGGGGAGGAGGAGGGAGAGGAGCAAGCAGAGCAUCUUCCUCUCCCGGGCGCCUCACACUCUCCUAGGAAGCCGCAAUGGAAACACGAUGACACGGAGCGGGCUGGCUCGGCGAAACAUGGCUGGAGUGCCCUCAAGCAUUGUCCGGGGAAAAUUUUGCCAACGACAUACAUGAGAGAGGGGCGUGUGAUGAUGACGAAAAUAAUCGACGGUUGUGGAGAAUUAACAAAUGGGCUUGACUCUUCUAUGCGGCCAACUUCCUGCGCUACGUCUGCUUUUCUUCUUGAUUUCUUUCCCCCCCCCCCCUUAGUGUUAUUAUUUUUCUAAACGAACACAUUCUUGUCAACAAAAUGUUGAAUUUGGCGCUUUUUCGCAGAAAAAGCUCAUCGUGGACAUCUGUCUUGCUGGUACUGUUCAUGUAAGGAAAAGGAAACAAUAGAAAUAACCAACACUCUCAUGGACAUUAUGACACAAUAUUUACACUUAAGCGGCUGCUGUCACACGCCAGUGCGCAUGCGCGGUGGUAGACGGCGUUAGCUCGCCGCCUGGCAGCCACAGCGUCCUGCCCGGGCUGGCUGCGAUGUAGUCGCACGAGUGGGAGAAAACAACACGGGAGGGUGGACAUGGCUAAAAAGUGUCGUCGGCGCGGCGUGAAGACAAUUUCACUGGUGGACACGCUGGUGGAAAUAGGCCGGCCGUAAAGUGUCAAGCAUGUCCGGGACACCCGACGGCGCAGAGGGAGCAGUGUCCAAAGUGCAAGUCAAGAAGGAGAUUAAGACCAUCGUGGACAAUUUGGAAACCAUCCUGGGCGACCUCAAGGAUGUGGCCAAGGAGCUCAAAGAGGUCGUCCACGAUAUCGACACGCUGACGUGCGACCUGCAGUUGGAGGAGGACGGCCUGACGGAUAGCUCCAAGACGGACACGCUCAACUCCAGCUCGAGUUCCACCGCCACCACUACGGCGUCCAGCCUGGAGAAGAUGAAGCUCUUCGGGGACGACUGCCUCUUCAUAGCGCCGGCCCCCGUCUCCCCGCUCCUCGCCCUCCCUCCCGCGGUUUUGACCGUUCACAAGAAGGCGCUCCCGCCCUUGCCGCCACCCAGACUCACCUCGGUGAGAACCGAGCAUCACAACGGAAAAAAUCUGCCUCAUCCCACGUUGGUGCUAUCGGGGAACGUAUCCAAGGCGAACGGAGCCGUAUUGAAGAACGGUGGCGUUUUUUCCUCGAAGCCGAACCGUGAUCUAUUCUCGCCCACGUCGUGUUUCAUUACAAACGACGGCAGUGUCCCGGAGUCCGGCCCGGUUCCUACACUGCCCAGACCGAUGCCCCUUCUCCGCCACGAAAAGAACAAAUGCCCCAAGGCCCCCGGCCGGGAGCCCCGUGAGCGUGUCCGUUUCAGCGAGAAGGUCCAGUACCACGGUUACUGUCCGGACUGUGACCUGCAGUACGACGUGGAUGACUCAGAGUUGCACUUGCAGUCGGAGCUGAGCGAGAUGCGGCUCAGCCCUGUGCACUUUUGCUCCUCUUCCUCCCCUCCUCCUCCUCUUCCUCACGAACGAAUGCUGGAAAACGGCGGCCUCUCGGUCAGCCGCGGUUUUGCGCCCAAAGCCGCUGCUCCUCCCCCUCCCCCUUGCAUAGCACCCCACCCGGGUUCCCUCAAACCCCAGAAAACAAUCCUACGCAAAUCGACCACAACCACGGUUUGACGACAAGCCCCCCGCGACCUGUCUGACUUCCACGAUCCUGAAUCAUUCAUAGUGUUUUCCACUUAGCCAGCUCCAAUUUUUCGGAUUAUUCAAACAGCCAGGCCGGAAAAUGGCAGACGGAGGAGGCGAAAUAGAAGCAAGUGGCAUCGCCGUGGAUUCCGAGACGUACGCACGCAGAUUUAGACCGAGCGGUCCCUGUGAGACCCUACAGCCGCACCUGCGAAGGAUGCUGGAGAGUGGAAGCCAAGCAUCUAUCUUAUUGUUUGACUGCUCUCUGCCAACAGGAGAUAAAUCCAGGCUUUGGAUUCUGAGCACCUAAAAAAAAUAAUAAAGUAACUCUGAUGCAGAAACGGUGGAUGGGGGAGGUUAUGCAGACAAUAAUAUGAGAAGAAAUGCUGUUGUAGUCCUCACAAAGUCAUUAUAAACAAACUUUAUUUAUAUUUCAUAAAUGUUUACUGAAUAUUACACGUCUAUAAGAUGUUUUAAUAACAUUAACUAAUAAAUGUAAUCCUAAGAGGUUCACAUGAUGUUUUUAAUUGUGAUGGGAUGUCAUUGCACAUUUUUUGGCAGUAUUCUCCAAUUUCACAUUCUUUGUGGGGACCGCACAGUGGCUUGGCAUCCGCCUCAGUUUCUCAGUUAAAGUAACUAUUAAAUAAAUGGUCGUUAGAAAACUGUCGAAGUGUGUCAACGGAAAGAUGUUGACUCAUGCAGAGGUGGAAAUUCACUUUUGGUGAAGUUGGAGUGUGUUUGUUUCGAGAGUCUCUGUUCUCUGCUGGACUGAAGCCAAGUAGAAUUGAUGUUCUGUCGGUAUGCACCGUCUCUCACGGACAACGUGUUCAUCAUCAUCAUCAUCCAUUUCGCUAUGUGGACACGGAUUGAUGAGGAAAUAUUAAUUUGCAUCAAAUAUUCCUUUGUAUACAAAUUUACACGAGCAUGUUUGAUAUACCGUAUGGCUCUAUAUUUUUGUCGAACAGAGACUUUUAACGUUUGAAUAGAGGAUAUUUUUGAUAUGAGAAGUGUCGAUAACUAAGCGUUAUCACCGAGAGACGCUUUCCAGACAGAGCCGCUUUGUGCUAGCAAUAUCAAUGGUGCGAGGCGACAAUGUGUUGUACUGCGAGUGAAUGCGAGCGCUGACCUUGUCCUUCCACGCCGUCUUUCCCGACUCAUUUUUUUGCAGCAAGGCUGUUCUGACGUCUCCUUGCUCCCUCACACUGCCAACUUGAUAAACAAUUGUACUUUCUCAAUUGUUUCAAUGCAGUCGAACCUCUGAAGUCCAAUGCCGUUCAAAUGAGAGUUUGGGUCCCACUAGCAGUUUUUUUAAUUUCUCACAAACUACAUUUAUGUUAUCGGUCCCUUGUUACCAACAUGGUAGAUGUUCCAACUUCCUUGGAAAUGACCUGUGACCAAAGUUUGACGUUGGAGGAUAUACGAUUCUAGAGACACAAAAAGAGAAACAUUUUGUUAAGUGAGAUUUCCUAACUGUGGACAUGUGGGUCACUUUUUUUCUUGCUUUUAGUAAUUCUGGUUUGUUGGAGAUGACUCCACCGUCCCCCUCCCCAGCAGGGGGCGCUGUUUUUUUGGGUACCUUUGUACCAGAACGCAUUGCUGCAUCCAAUUUUGAACUUUUCCCCUCAGUAUGAAUAUUAAUAAUUAUUAAGUGUCUUUUUGUUCCCCAUAAUUUGUUAAAUGUGUGUUUUAACGCUUGGAUUAAAUUUGUGCAAUUAGACGUUAACCCAUGUGUUAGAUAAACAUCAUACAGUAUUUCACCGUGUUGCAUCAAAGUAUUAGUAAAGGAGAUCCUUUGCUAAUAGCAGAGCAGCUUUGUCAGGUCCAGACUCAGCAGCAUUGCCAACGUCUGCUUACAAGCUGACACCUGUCCUCCAAAAAGUGUCUCAUUCCAAGGAAAGAGUAGCCACUUAAUGAGCUGUUGUGCCACCAGGCAGGUAAACAACCGAUUGGUAUGCAGACGCUCAUUCAGCAGCAGCCACGCUGAGCAACACGCUGAGCAAUGACAAUAAUCUUAUUGUGACCACCCCUGAGCAACACGGCCAUUAGAGACAUAAAUAGGGAGACUCCAGGCUCACAAAUUUAGAACUGAUAUAUAGUAUAACGUGUGAGACCUCACCGGCUCUCAAGUCCUCAGUUCAGCAAGCAAUUCACUCUGGAUUUGCGUUUGGCAUUUCAUGGCUUCUUUUGUGAAAAAAAAAAAAGAGAGAGAGAGAGAGAGAAAAAUGAAUAUGGUAUACUCCUGGGUCAAUGUGAAUUCUGGCUUUUGUUACCAUGACGACCUGGGGUAGAACUUUCACUAGACUAGAGCCUUGUCUGCUCUUCUUGUGAGAGCCGAGCUCAGACUGGAAAGGCAAAUGCAUAUUAUCGAAUGAUGAGAAAAAUCCAAUCAAAUCUGGGUUUCACCAAAUUGUGUUGGACUUUAGAGGUUCCACUGUAUUGUCUUAGUUGAGUCCGAUCAUGUGCUUCUCUGUCCAACUAAACAAUAGAAAUCAAAUCAAAAUAAUAUGAAUAAAGAAAUGAACAAAAAAAUCCUUGGCAAGACUGUUGUGAGGUUGCAAAAUAAUGUAAAAUAUGCAUUUACCGAUUUUUUUUUUCUCCACGUUUGUAACGAGCAAAUUGAAAGAAAACAGGAAUAUCUCCUCAAUGAAGUUAUAUCUUUUUGCUGUAUGUGUCUGCCAAUGGAUGGGAAAGAGAUUAUAAGACGUAAACACUUUACACAUGA